GUUUUCAUUCUGCCAUGAAGCUGUUUGUGGCGGUUGCGACGGCACUCGCCCAAGUAGCGCUUGCAGAUGACGGGUACUGCCCCAACAUAUUCUACGAUGCCGCCCGCGUGAUUCUCCGCAGUCCGUUCCUGCUGUCUACGGAUCCAAGCAUCAACUUUCAAUGCCAUUCGUGCAUCGCCAACUUAGCCGCCAAGCAAGCUGUGGCUCCGCUGUGUUAUGUCAUUGGCAUGGACGGCUACGACCCGCAGUACAAUCUGGCCAAGGAUUGCCACUGCUUGUCGCUGGGUCUCAUGGAAGACUGCGCGCCCGUUUGCUUGCCGAACCCGCUCUGCUCCAAGUUUUCUCCCAGCACUGCAUGCUCCGCAUGCGUGGCCAAGCAAGCCCCGGCGUCAUGCAACCGCGACGAAUGGAAUAUCCCAUGCUACGAAACGUGUCAGUCGCCCAUGUGCAUCACGGAAUGCUCGCCAACUCCACAAUGCCACCCCGCAGACCCCAUCUGCUCCUCGUGUGUGAAAGCUCAAACACCGAUGUGCGACACGACCGUCGUGUCAUUCGGUCGGCAGUGGAGUGCCGGGUGUACAGGGGCGUGCCUCUCGUCCGCGUGCCAAGCCGAUUGCAACCGCCGGUGUGGCGACGGCAUCAAGACCUCGGACGAGCAAUGUGACGACGGCAACGCCAACAACAACGACGGGUGCUCCACUGCGUGCCAGAUCGAAGUCGGCUUUGCAUGCACGACGUCCGACCACGCGUUGAGCUCGUGCAAUCUCAUUUCAUGCGGCAACGCGCGGCUCGAAGGCGCUGAAACGUGCGACGAUGGCAACAUCGUCAACGGAGACGGGUGCAGCAGCAGCUGCCAAGUCGAGCGCGGCGCGGUGUGCACCCAACCCCAUCAACUGACCAAGAGCCUCUGCUCGGCCACGUGUGGCGACGGCGUCCAUGCGCUUGGCCUCGAAGGCUGCGACGACGGAAACCUCCUGGCCGGCGAUGGGUGCUCCCCGACCUGCGGCGUCGAGCGCGGGUACACGUGCAGCCCCGACGCCACCGGCAAGUCGGUGUGCAGUCCCGUGUGCGGAGACGGCAUCGUCACCGGAUCCGAGAAGUGCGACGACCGCAACACGGCGCCGUUCGACGGAUGCUCAGACACGUGCAUCGUGGAGCCUGGCUACAAGUGCGAGCGCAACUCGGACGGGGUAUCGCAGUGUCUGGCGACUUGCGGCGACGGCAUCACAGCGUUCCCCGUCGAAGCCUGCGACGAUGCGAACCGCGUGUCCGGCGACGGGUGCUCACUCGACUGCAAGGUAGAAAAAGGCUACAAGUGCACCCCCCCGUCGUUUGACGGCAAGACAUCCGUGUGCGACACCGUCUGUGGCGAUGCUUUUGUGACUGGCGGGGAAAAGUGUGACGAUGGAAAUUCCCUCGACAACGACGGGUGCUCAGCAUUGUGCGCCGUGGAAACUGGCUGGAGCUGCGACAAUUCGCUGGCCAACGCCGCCAAGUCUGUGUGUGGCCCUGUAUGUGGCGAUGGUGUGGUCAAAGGCUGGGAAGAAUGCGACGAAACGUCUCGGGGGUGUGUGAAUUGCAAAAAAGUCGAAAUCCCGCCCACACGGUGCGGAGACGGGUACACGGACGCCGGCGAAACGUGUGACGAUGGCAACACUGUGUCUGGAGAUGGGUGCAGCGCGACGUGCCAGGUGGAAUCUGGCUACGUCUGCAAUGGCCGCGUGUGCCAAGGCCUGUGUGGCAACGGUGUGAAAACGUCGGCGGAAGCCUGCGACGACAACAACGUGGUCAGUGGCGACGGGUGCACUGGGUCGUGUGGGAUAGAAUUCGGCUACACUUGCAAACAGUCAGACGCGGGGCUGAGUACGUGCACACCUACGUGCGGCGACGGCAAAGUGAUUGCCCCUGAAACAUGCGACGAUGGCAACACCGCGGUGGGGGAUGGGUGCAGCACAACAUGCCAAAUCGAGGCGGGCUUUGUGUGCUCGACGCUCACCACGGGGGUAUCCCACUGCCGCGCAGUCUGUGGCGACGGCAUUUUGGCUGGUGCAGAAGGAUGCGAUGAUGGGAACACGCGGUCGAGCGAUGGGUGCAGCUCUACGUGCCGCGUCGAAACGGGGUAUGGGUGCAGCAAGGCCAGUCCGUCCGUGUGCUCGACGAUCUGCGGGGACGGUAUCCGAACCUCCAAUGAAGCGUGCGACGACGGCAACACAGCGAGCAAAGAUGGGUGCAGCGCCACUUGCACAGUCGAAGGGAGCUUUACGUGCUCGACGCCGCUGGGUCGCGCGACGACCUGCACCCGGGUUCCCACCUGCGGCGACGGGUACCUGUCGGACUCUGAAUUCUGCGACGAUGGCAACACCGUGUCUGGCGACGGGUGCAGCAAGCGAUGUCGCGUCGAAGCGCUGUACACGUGUGUGUCGUCCGAGGCGCAUGGUGCGAGUACGUGCACCAAGAGUAGGUGCAGCAACGUCCGCAAGGACUGGUACCAGCUCUCCCCACAAGAAAAGGCCACCACCCAGCUGUGCGUGACCAAGCUGUUCCAAACUGGGCUGUACCAGAAGAUGACUGGCAUCCAUGUGUUCAAGCCCAACGACGAGUACGCACACCACACAAAUGCGUUUGUGCAGUGGCACCGCAAGUGGCUUCUCGUGGUGGAAAACAUGCUCCGGUCGAUGGGGGGGGUGUGUUCGUGCCUGACGCUGCCGUACUGGGACUGGGCCCAAGACGCCGUGGCCAUGCAAACGACCAAGUGCGCGUCCCGCACCCAGUGCAGUGGGGUACUCCGCGACUGGGGCGGCGGGGCGUCGACGUCAAGCCCGUUUGUGAGCAUCCCCAUCUACAACGAUCCCGAGUCGGGCAUGGCGUCCGGCAGUGCCAGCGGCUACUGCGUUCUGAACGACGUCACUAAAGAUUGGCAUGCUGGGAUGGACCUUCACAAGUACAAGACGGCGUGGGACCCGUCGUGUCCGAUCAUUCGCCGCGGAUGGAAUGACUUUAGCGACGACAGCGGAACGUAUGCGACGCCGUUGGCGUCCACGUCCUUCUUGACGCUGGCCGCGUCGUUGGCUCGGGCAUCGGAUUACUCGACGUUUGUCUCGAUCGCGUUGGGCGACAUCCACGUCCUUCCUCAUGAUCGGUCUGGCGCGUACCUCCGCACGUUCAUCUCACCCGCCGACCCCGUGUUCUUGCUCCAUCAUACCAACAUUGAUCGCGUGUAUGCGCUCUGGGAAGCCUGCCACGCGUGCACGCACCCGUCGACGGCGACGAGGACGACGGAAGGGCCGUGCUACCGCGGUUCCAACUCUGGCGACGGCAUCAACGACCCGUUCGUGUUCGAAACGUUCGACUUGCAGCCCAACGGCGAGUACCGCCAAGUGGACAUUGACGCCUCGGAAGAAUUGACUGAGUACAUUCCGCGCACGUUUACCACCCCCGGGGAUGUGUUGGAUACGACUACGCUGGGCGAAUACGCCUAUACAUACCAGACAAACGACAUGGAUGAUCGGCUGUGGAGCACGAGUGGGUGCGUGAGUCGACCUGCGCCGAGUGUCCUCGCCACGCUCGUGGCCUCUCGUCCUCGCCACGUCGACUUAUCAUCGAUGCUGCUCCAGGCUUCAAGUGAUAACGACGGCACCACGAUUGACGACGAUACUAACGCCACGUACUCUAUCGAAUUGGCACAGCAGUACUUGGAAUGGGUCGACGGCGUGUUUGCCAAUACCCAUCAUGUCCUGUCGACACUGCAAGAGUCCAAUGUGUUUAGCAUUCCGUACUUGUCCAGUCAAGUGGGUAAACUGCAGUCGACGGAAGCGUACUUGACAGAUAUCGUCGCCACGUGCGAGUGCAUGGCCAUCAACAAGCUGCUGCUCGCCCGCAACGGCGAGGCGCACCUGACCCCGUCCUUUGUCGACGUGUCGCCCAGCACCAAGCGCGCAUGGAACAACCGGUUUGAAAUCCGCAGCUGCUUCCACCGCCUCCUCGAUACGGACGAAAAGAGCGCGCUCAUCCGCAGCUACUGCGACGUGGUUCUGGCCCCAGACUUUGCCGCCAAGCUCCAAAACCUCGUCAACGACCUGCGCAGCCUCAUGACGUCGGUCAUUGACCCUGCGGCGGGCGGAAGCAGCAUCCAGAAGAUUUGGGACUACUUCACCAAGGGAUAAGGAUGGUUAUUAAUGUGUAAUGUAUUUGUGUUGAUAUAUCGUUACAUCAGGCAUUCUCGCCCCUUCACCGUAGUGUCAACCAACCUACUGGUUGAUCCUCGUA